GUCUAUGAUGCACCGCGCUCUGCAAUUGGACGACAUCAUCUACAUACUCUUCCACCAUGUCAAUGAACUUGAACCCUCUUCGAAAUAUUCAGAAUUAGGGGAUUUUGGGCGGAAGACUCUUGCGGCCCUUGCGAGGACAUGCCGAAUAUUCCAUGAACCCGCGCUGAAUGUGUUGUGGGGAGAUCUGUACUUUCUGUAUCCCUUGGUAGAAUGCUUACAGCACUCAGGCGAUGACUCGUGGUAUCUCGAAGAUCAUAUGAACAGCCUGACCGCUAGCGAUUGGGAAGUUCUGCAGAAAUAUGUCCCGCGAGUCCUGUCUUUGACAAUAUCCCAAUGUCAUGGAGAGGCACCCUUUUAUCACAACCAGCCCGUUGCUCAGCCUCCCCUCCCAAACUUGCAGCGUUUUGAUUGUCGCCACCUCAUCCCCGAAGACUAUCCUCUCCUCAAUAUGUUCUUUGUACCAUCUAUGACGGAUCUUAGCCUCGAGAUCCAUCCUGUCGACUUUCCAAAUAUUCCACUGUUCAUCUCACCUCUUGCCACUUUAUGUCCUCGUUUAACAUCUCUCCGUCUUUUCGGUUACGGGUCGCACGAGCCCAUCAAGGCUACUGUAUCAGAUGUAAUCAUGAGCCUACCUCAUCUUCAGACACUUCAUUGCGACGAACUCAGUCAAGCGGCGAUGAAUUUCGUUGCAUGGCACCCAUCGUUGACCGAACUGGAAAUUACUAUCCCGAGUGGCCAUCAGUACGAUUUUUCACAGUUUCCGCAUCCUGCUCUCCCUCGUAUUCCACCUUUUUCCCGGAUCAAAAGCUUUGGGAUGAACUCCUGUCAUCUGACUGACAUCAAUGCAUUUAUUAAGACUGUCCAACCCUCGCCUCUUCAUUUACGUAUUAAGGCGGUCCAAGGGCCGUCGCUUCAAGGUCUACAGGAGUUUUUCAGUACCUUGUCAAGUCAAUGGAGAUGUGAUUCUAUGCAGAGUCUUCAAUUCCAGCCCAAUAAACGUUUCCCAGCUGCAUCCAUCGAUAUGGAUACCAUCAAACCUUUGCUUCGCUUCUCGAAGCUGCGAGAGCUCCUUCUCUCGACACUCGGCUCGCUGCUUAUGGGUUCUUCUUGGCCUUGCCUUGAGGUCAUCACCCUGAAUGACGUAAGGCCAUCCCCCAUCACUCUGCGCGGCCUCCUCUUACUGGUGGAUAAGUGCCCUCGUUUGAGGAGCGCUCACCUAGCUAUCAACGCAUGUGUGUUGGAGGGGAUAGAGGAGCCUCCUGUAUCGAUGGUUGGCGCCAAUGACCUUCAGGAUCUCGUGCUUGCGGAAACAACCGUCGAAAAUCCUAGAGCUUUUGCUCUCAUCGUCUCUCUAGCUUUUCCGAAGGUGAAAGAGGUCGUGAUGCCUCAUUCGUGGUGGCGUAUUCCGUCUGACGAGCCUAAGUGGGGCAAGGUGAAUGAGUACCUCGAGAUGUUCAGGUCAUCCGAGGGGGGCAUUGAAGGAUCUAGUUGCGUUGAUGCCUGAAAGCUGGUUCUCCGUCUCCCGUGUACCAAUGCAUACUAACAUGUUUUAAUUGAUGUAGUACAAGUGAUUGCCGCUGCGGGGCUCGUCUGGUUAAUAUGAUUGUAUUUAGCAACCUGAGAG